AUGUCUACCCUCACUGGUAUUCUCACCCCUACGAUGGUUGUCAACAUGACUCCAGCAGUGGAUUCCAAUGCUAGCGCGACAGGUCCCUUAACCCAAGGCAGCAAAUGGCCCCUCAUCGACAUCAAUUUCACCGAGAACGGAUGUGCAAAGAAGGGCAAAUUGGACCCUAAACUGGCAGUGCUCCACCGCCAUGGCAAACAUUUCGCUUGCAUGGUUGAGGGAUUCACACUCAUGGCCGUCAUCAUCAACGAAGGCAUCGCUCAUGACAAUGCAAGCAAAGGGCCUGACACCGAGGCAAGCUUUGAUCCAGAGUUAAAUGAUAUGAUUCCUGAUGUUGUUGAGGAUCUCUUCUAUGGCAACGCCGAUGCUAAGGAGAUUGCCACUGUGCUACAAGAUGGUAUGGCGUCCGCGCGCUCUGAUGAUACAUCCAGCUUGAAGGAAGCCGUCGUCACCUGGUUGCGCAAGGAUAUCGCAAUGUCAGGGAAGGAUCUCAAUCCGAAGUGCAAGCCGGGCCGAGGCUUCAAUCAUCCAGUAACGGGUGCGCUUCUUUGUCCAGCAGCAUUAGAUUAUGGUGAUCCUGGAGUUCAGCAGGCUCUGAAAGAGCACACCGCUGUGAUUGACAGCUCUCCUAUUGAUGGCACACACUGGCCCACUUUCGUAUAUGCCGGUACAUAUAAUCCUGAUCUGCCUUGGGUCGGAAUGCUGCGCGGGUCUCUCCUGACAUUCAUACACAUUUUCUUGGGCCCGUCGCUGGCCAACUACAAUGACAAGGAGCAUGCGAUUGAUGAGAACAUUAUGCCUGAAUCACCCAAUCAAUCCACUCGCUGUGGUAAUGCCGAGAUGAAUGGAAUGACGGCAGUGACACGAGCCCAUUCAGCCAAUAUAUACCCAAACAUCCAUAUAACCGAGGUGGAAUAUUUUGUGUAA